AUGCCCAAUAGUCCCGAAUGUUUGUUGGGGAGAGACUUACUCUCAGCAUUACAGGCACAAAUAAUUUUCGAAAAUGGAAGGGUAAAAUUAAUAAUCCCAGAAAAGAAUUUGGCAAAAAUUUUUGUGGUAAAAGAAGUGGAAAAGGGAGAAAUACCUCCAGAAAUUGAACAAGCAGUAGUACCGUGGGUAUGGGAAACAGGGGUCCCAGGAAAAUCUAAAGCAGCUACCCCAGUUAGAAUAGAACUGAAGGAAGGGGUACAACCCGUUAGGGUGAAGCAAUAUCCGAUUAGUCUAGAAGCCCGGAAAGGAAUAGCCCCCAUGAUUACGCAGUUUCUAAUUUUAGGAAUACUAAAGGAAUGUGAAUCGGAAUUUAACACUCCUAUUUUUCCAGUUAGAAAACCUAAUGGUAAGUAUAGGUUAGUACAAGACCUGAGAGCAGUAAACUCCAUCACAAAGGACAUCCACCCAGUUGUAGCUAACCCUUACACUUUGUUAACAUCUGUUUCUGAGAAAUUUCAGUGGUUUACAGUAAUUGACCUAAAGGAUGCCUUCUUCUGCAUACCACUGGCACCAGAGAGUUGGAGGAUUUUCGCCUUUGAAUGGGAAAACCCAGAGACUGGACGGAAGCGACAGCUUACUUGGACCCGAUUACCACAAGGAUUCAAAUGUUCACCUACAAUAUUUGGUAAUCAGUUAGCAAAAGAACUUGAAGAAUGGAAAACUACUCAGGUAAAAGAAUCUCCUUUUUCAUAUAUAGUAUUGCAAUACGUAGAUGACAUCUUUUUAGGAACUACAGAACAGGGACUCUGUCGUCAGUUAACCAUUGAACUGUUAAACAUGCUGGGGCAAGCAGGCUACCGAGUUUCAAAAGAAAAAGCACAAUUAGUGAAACAGAAAGUUAUCUACCUGGGAUGUGAAAUCUCACAAGGGGUCCGGCGUUUGGGGACUAAUCGAAUCCAAGCAAUAUGUGCUAUCCCUGUGCCCCGAAAUAACCAAGAACUGAGAUCUUUUCUAGGGAUGGUCGGGUGGUGCAGACUGUGGAUUCCUAACUUUGGACUGACUGCUCGGCCGUUGUACGAAGCAGUAAAGGAGCCCAAGCUGACCUGGGGGACGAAGCAAGAAAGAGCUUUCCAGGAACUGAAAAGAGCCCUCCAGGAAGCACCGGCCCUGGGACUACCAGACCUAACCAAGGAAUUUCAACUCUACGUCUGUGAGAGACAACGAAUGGCUCUAGGAGUACUCACUCAGCGGCUAGGAUCCUGGAAGAGACCGGUUGGGUAUUUCUCCAAACGGCUAGACGCAGUAAGUGGGGGCUGGCCUGGAUGCCUCAGAGCGGUAGCAGCCACAGUUAUUUUGAUUCAGGAAGCACGCAAAUUAACUUUGGGAAAACAUAUGAUUGUAUAUGUGCCUCACAUGGUUAUAGCUGUUUUGGAGCAGAAGGGGGGAUAUUGGUUAUCCUCCAGCCGGAUGUUGCAAUAUCAGGCCUUGUUGAGAGAACAGGAUGAUAUUGAAUUGAAAGUCACUAAUCAUCUCAACCCAGCAGAAUUCCUUAGGUCUACACAGGAAGAAGGUACCCUGGAACAUGACUGUGUAGAGACCAUUGAACAAGUCUACGCGAGCAGAAAAGACUUGAAAGACGAGCCAUUGACAGAUCCUGACUGGGAGUUGUAUACCGAUGGAUCUAGCUUUGUGGAAAAUGGUACCAGGUAUGCUGGAUAUGCAGUAGUUACCCUACAGCAAACGGUUGAAGCAAAUGCCCUGCCUCCAGGUACGUCUGCCCAGAAAGCCGAAAUAUGGGCAUUGGUAAGAGCAUUGAUAUUAAGUCAGGGAAAGAGGGUCAAUAUAUGGACUGAUUCUAAAUAUGCUUUCGGAGUAGUUCAUGUCCAUGGAGCACUUUGGAGAGAGAGGGGGCUUCUCACUUCUCAGGGGUCGACAAUUAAACAUCGUGAAGAAGUUCUACAAUUACUGGAAGUAAUACACAAACCGUCAGCCGUGGCUAUAAUGCAUGUCAAGGGACAUCAGACAGACCCAGGACGAGAAUUCCAGGGCAAUCGGCGGGCUGAUCAAGCAGCUAAACGGGCUGCGAGAGAAGUAUGGACUCAAAUGGCACUGUUACCAGUUCGGAAUAAUCCUGCUAUGACAUAUAUGGAAGAAAAACCACAUUAUUCACCAGAAGACGAAAAGCUAGCCCAAAUGAUGGAAGCCAGGAAAAACCUUAAAGGAUGGUAUAUUACUUCCACAGGACAAGUCAUUCUACCAGUAAGAAUAAUGAAGACAGUGCUCGAAAUAGAACAUAAUAAGUGCCACUGGGGUGCAGAAGCAUUGGUGAAAUUUCUGAAAAACGAAGUUUUCUCAAAUCAGAUGUUAACGUUGGCAAAAAGGGUGAAUGCAAUGUGUCCGAUGUGUAUUAAAAAUAACCCAGUAGUAAGGAAACAG